UUUUUUUUUUUUUUUUUUUUUUUUCUGAGGAGUUAAAAAAAGUAUAUAUACCAUCCAUUCCAAUCUAUCCUUUUGCAUUUCUUCUUUCUUUCCUCACAUAAAUCAUAAAGAAUAACAAAAAUGACCAAAGCCGAAGUUUCUCGUAUUGAAGUUGAACAAUUAAAGUCCUCCCCCUUGGCCGAAUGCAUUGAUCUUGCUUCCUCUGCUCUUGGCUCCAAGAUUGUCUUUGUCACCAACGAAUUCUUCGCUGCUGCCUCCAACAUGAUCAACCCUCUUCCUCCUGUUCAUGCUCCUGGCAAAUUUGUUGAAACUGGUGCCUGGAUGGACGGUUGGGAAACCCAGAGACACAACCCCAACUACGAUUGGGCUAUCAUCAAGCUCGGUUUCUCUGGCUCUUUCAAGGGUUUCGAUGUCGAUACCCACUACUUCACCGGUAACCAAGCUCCUGCUGCUUCCGUUGAUGGUGCUGUCAUCCCUGAUGGUGUUGACCCCAACUCUGCUGAUGUCAAGUGGACUGAACUCUUGCCCAAGCAAGAAUUGCCUCCCACUCAACACAACAUUUUUGUCUUGAAGGAAGAAACCGCUGUCUACACCCAUCUCCGUGUCAACAACAUUCCUGAUGGUGGUAUUGCUCGUUUCCGUGCUUACGGUAAUGUUGCUCCUCAAUGGCCCGAAGAUAAGAAUGCUAUUGUCGAUCUUGCUUUCUGUGGUAACGGUGGUCGUGCCGUUGAAGUCUCCAACCAACACUACACUCCUGGUUCCAACAUCUUAUUGCCCGGUCGUGGUCAAAACAUGGGUGACGGUUGGGAAACCAAGCGUUCUCGUACUCCUGGACACACUGAUCACGUCCUCGUCCGCUUGGGUGCCAAGGGUCACAUCCUCAAGGCUGUCAUUGAUACCUCUCACUACUGUGGUAACUACCCCAACAAGGUUGUCUUGAAGGCUACCGUUUCUGACAAGGAUGUCCCUGAAGAAAAUGCUGAAUGGACCACUUUGAUCGAACCCUCUUCCGUUGGUCCUCAUGAUCUCUUCUACUUUGAUUUGCCUCACACCGACAAGGCUUUCACCCACGCCAAGGUCAUCUUGAUUCCUGAUGGUGGUCUUAAGCGUCUCCGUCUCUUCGGUGUCCGUGAAGGUGGUGAAAUCCCUCCUCUCCCCAUCGAUAUCGGUGACAGAGCUACCCACUAAAUCUUUCUCCCCUAGAUUCUUCUCCUCUGUAUCUCUUUUUGUAUAACUAUAGAAAACAAAAGAAAUAUUUAGAAAAUAAUUUUAUUCUUUCUCUUGUCAUUGAAUGGCAAGAAAGAAACGAGUUAUUUUGUUGUAAAACAUAUUAACCCUUCUGCAUAUAACUUUAUAUAUAAAACCCCAUAUACACUCACAUUACGUUCAUGUGAAAAAUAAAGAUGUGUACAUACCAAAUGUAUAUAUAAAAAAAAAAAAAGAAACAUUGUUUAUCCAAUUGUGUUCAUCAAUGGACGGUAGACAAGGCUAUACAUGGACUUGCUUUGUACAGA